GAAUUUUUUACACAUGCAAGGUAAGUUUAUGCAAAUGACUGUUGUCUUACUGAGAUUAAAAGAAACUCGAAUGCUUUGAAUUUUUUUAAAGUAGUAAUUGAUAAAUUUCCUGAUAAUGGCCACUUUGGAGCAGAUUCGAGAAUUCAGAUCCGAUAGAGGUGGAAACACCGUGUCAGUUUGCGUGGGUUGUCGCCACCCCUCUUGGUCGGAUUAUUAUGGUGCACCCGCUUGUAGACGUUGUACAAGAUUAUUCGUGAAAGCAAUUCGAGAAAGAAGGUGUUACAUUUGUCGUGCAUAUAUGGGAUUGUGUCUUUCUACAAAUGAUCCUACAAAAAGAUGCAGAUUUUGCGAUCUAGAAAGGUUAUACAGACGUGGAUUGAAACCGAUAAGAUUUGGAGUACACGACGAUAAAUGGUACAUGCUGGAUAUGAUUCCUUAUAUAAGAAGAAGAGUAGUUAUUGAUUAUGACCCUGGAAUACCUCUUGUACACUAUGAAAUGGGUAUAAUAAAUCGAUUCAAGUACAACUGUUUUCAAUCAUAUUUAAGAUGGUUUGAGAGAUAUUUAUCUGAGAACCCUUUUAUUAACGAAGAGGGAUUGGAACUAUUACGUUAUGAUUUGUUAACGAGAGGAUUGACUAUGGCAGCAAUUCUCGAAUGCAUAGAAAUUCACGACGUGUUGAAAAUUGAAUUUCGUUACUUUGAUCCAUAUCAAUGCCUAAUUUUAGAUAAUCAAACCUGGUCAAUUAAUAUUUUAUAUAAUGUACGCCAAUUUCUUGAGAAAUGGAGAGAAAACGGCCCUAACGAAAUCGAUGUCUGGAUGUACACAGUUUUGGGUAUAGAGGGCACAAUGGAUUUAAAUUUAUAAAAAUUUAUCAUCAUUUUCCUUUGCACUGUUAUUGUAUAAAACUGAGAAAUUGUAUCGUUGUAGUUAUAUUAAACUCGCCGACAUUUUCACGAAUGAUCUUACAAUGUUCAAUCUUCACCAUUUUAAUUGUAUUUAAACAAAGAUAAAAUGGAAAAGGUAUGUGCUUGAAGAUUAAAAAAACAUGAAUUUAAAUGUGACAAAAUGUUAAUUUGCAGUUUUUUGUGCUUGUCGUUACAAAAUUUUAAAAUAUGCUUUUUGUAUCGCUUUUAGACUGAUUUAAUA